CGCGACCACAUCAAGUUGUAGAGAUCCACGGCCGCCGAUGAGUGCGACCGAGAGCGUCCUCGGCUGGGUCCAGACCGCGACGUAUGCUGGCGGCGCGGCCCUCGCCGGCCUCAUGAUGCUGCUCUACGUCUACCAGGAGAAGCUGUUGUACCACCCGAGCGUGCCCGGCGUGCCCAAGCUUACGACCGAGAACCCCAAGGGCUACCAGCACCCUGCCGAGUAUGCCAUUGACGCCGAAGACGUCUACAUCGCAACGAAAGACGGCGUGACGAUCCAUGCGUGGUUGCUCAAGCAGCCCACGAUGGUGAAUGUGCCCACGAUCCUCUUCUACCACGGCAACGCUGGCAACAUUGGCUUCCGCCUCCCAAACGCCGUGCAGAUGUACAAGCAGCUCGGGUGCAACAUCCUCCUUGUCGACUACCGCGGGUUUGGCUUGAGCCUCGGCGACCCGACCGAGCGAGGCCUCCAGCUCGACGCCGAGGCCACGCUCGACUAUGUGCUGCAGCGAAAGGACAUUGAUGCGACCAAGCUCAUCGUCUUUGGCCGGUCGCUUGGCGGCGCCGUCGCCAUCUACCUUGCCGAGCACCGUGGCGACCAGAUUGCGGCGGUCAUGGUCGAAAAUACGUUCUUGAGUAUCUCGGCGAUGGUCGACUCGCUCCUACCGUGGCUGACGUACGUCAAGCGGUUCUUGCUCGCGAUCGACUGGAGCAACGAGCGCCGGAUUCCGAGCCUGUCGCACCCGAUUCUCUUCCUCGCCGGCGAGCAAGACGAGCUCGUACCGCCCUUCCACAUGCAGCUGCUUCACGACCUCGCCCGCCGCAGCCGGCUGCGCAAGUGGCACCCGAUCGCCCGGGGCACGCAUAACGACUCGUGGGUCAAGGGCGGUAGCCUCUACUUUGAGGUCAUGCGGGAUUUCAUCACGGCCGUGACAAAGACGACGUCGACGUCGACGACGUGCGAUGUCAGUGUCGAAGACAACCAAGCGCAUGCGAUUCCCAACAUGCUCGACACGCCGCUCUUCCAGCGAACGUCGACCAAGUCCAAGGACGAAUAGUUUGACGAAUAGUUUCAAUGUAUCGAGUAAUGCCAACGCGCAAACGUUACUGCGAAAAGAAAGACGUGAUGCGGUCUUGGUUUGACCA